GCUUUUCUUUGCAUUGUCUAAAUAAUAAAUGUAAAUUCUUUGUUUUAGCCAUAGCUCGAACCGGAUGUGUUUUUGCCACCGAAUGUGUUUGCUAUGGAGCUUCUUGAGUGGAAGAAAUUGAACCAUGGUAUUGAAUGAGAAGUAAAUGAUAGCAUUGGUGGUGAUUUGAAUUGAUAUCUCUGUUAUUUUAUGCUUAGCUCUCGUGCAUUUGGGACUCCACUGUUCGUGGUAUGAUAGGGGGCCAAUCAGGAACUGGCAAGACAGAAAAGAAUUCUUUUCCAUCCACAGGGCUUUGGGGUCACUAGUUGGUUUUUUAUUGGGCCAAAUGCCAUUGGCAUCAGCGGUAGUUGAAUAUUUAGUAUUUGCUAACUUAGUAAAGUGGUAAACAAUCCGUCAAUAGCCCUGUACUUGGCUUUCAAAUUCUUCAACCCUGCCAUUUUUUUAACAGAUAUUCUUCGAUAGAUCAACUUACAGUGUCAAAGCGUUUGAGUAGAUGGCAGCAUAUCUUGGCAAGUGAUUCAGGUCACGAAGAUUUGUUUUUCUUGAUAAUUAAAACUUCACCAAAUAAAUUAAUGAAUAUGGAGUUCAUAUUUACGUUUUAUCCAACCAAGCUAUCACUACAGUAAAAUGCAGAUUCAAACCUCAUACCAAACCCCUACCAACGCUUGUUAACAUCACCUGCAUGAAGGUCUUGCUUCUCAACAAAUCCCUUUCUCCAUAUAAUAAUAAUGGUACCCUUGCCGUUUUCAAUACUUGGAAUGAAUAUUCCAUGGCUCCCUUUAAGCUUAUUCUAAAAAAUUAGGGCUGCAGGUGCAGCAGCACUGUAUAUAUAGUAGCAUCCGAUCAAUGCUCCUUCGCAGGUAAAAGAGUUCCUAUACAACCUCCCUUGCCAGCAAAUUCACUAACGUUUCAAUUGAAAGAAACGGGAAAGAAAAUAUGGGGAGUGGAGAAGCACAAGAAGGAUUCCCAAAGAAGGUGAACUCUGGAAAAGCCACAAUUCUGGCUCUCGGCAAGGCCUUCCCUCACCAGCUUGUCAUGCAAGAUUUUCUGGUUGAUGGGUAUUUUAAGAACACCAACUGCGAUGACCCAGAUCUCAGGCAGAAGCUAAACCGACUCUGCAAGACAACUACUGUUAAAACAAGGUAUGUCGUCAUGUCAGAAGAAAUCCUGAAGCAAUACCCAGAGCUUGCCAUCGAAGGCCUCCCCACCGUGAAGCAGAGGUUGGAUAUCUGCAACGAUGCGGUCACGGAGAUGGCCGUUGAAGCGUCACGAAUUUGCAUCAGAAAAUGGGGCAGGCCCAUAUCAGACAUAACCCACCUAGUCUAUGUCUCCUCAAGUGAAGCUCGGUUGCCUGGUGGUGACCUUUACCUGGCAAAAGGACUUGAACUCAGCCCUGAGACGCAACGGGUCAUGCUCUAUUUUAUGGGCUGCUCUGGAGGUGUGGCUGGCCUACGUGUAGCGAAAGACAUUGCUGAAAACAAUCUUGGGAGCCGGGUCUUACUAGCGACUUCUGAAACGACCAUUAUCGGUUUCAAACCUCCAAGUGCAGAUAGACCAUAUGACCUGGUUGGUGCGGCACUUUUUGGAGAUGGUGCUGGAGCUAUGAUCAUAGGCUCUGAUCCAGUUUUCAGCAUUGAGAGGCCUCUUUUCGAGCUUCACACGGCAAUCCAAAAUUUCUUGCCCAAUACUGAAAAGACAAUUGAUGGGAAGCUUACAGAAGAAGGGAUUAGUUUCAAGCUAGCAAGGGAGCUUCCUCAGAUAAUUGAAGAUAAUGUUGAAGGUUUCUGCGAAACGUUGAUGGGAACUGUUGGGUUGACUGAUAAGGACUAUAACAAGAUGUUUUGGGCAGUUCAUCCUGGUGGGCCUGCAAUCUUGAACCGAAUAGAAAAACGACUAAACUUGUUUCCAGAGAAACUUAAUGCCAGUAGAAGAGCUCUGAUGGACUACGGAAAUGCUAGCAGUAACACAAUUGUGUAUGUGAUGGAGUACAUGAUAGAAGAGAGCUUGAAGAGGAAGACAGAGAGCAAAGAAGAGAGUGACUGGGGCUUAAUUUUAGCUUUUGGACCAGGGGUUACCUUCGAGGGUAUUCUUGCCAGGAACCUGACAGUACAAGAAUAAUGUCUUAGCUAAUAUUUCAAAGCAGCUGGAUCUUCUACUAUCAUUAUUAUAGUGAAAAUCAAUUCUCUCAUAAGCAAAGGGAAACCUUAAUCAUUUACGGUUCCAGAAAGAAUCUUUUAAACUUCCCCGUAACUGAAAACUUUCAAGCUAUAUGACUACAUCUAUAUGAAAAAUGUUAAUCAUUUAUUGUAUUUUUCUUUUCUAAUAUUCUAUCAUUUCAAUCUCUUGACUUUUUGCAAACAAGUCCAGUUUCAAUAAAAAUUUUUAUUUUUUUAGGAUUGAAUUGUGCAAGUCGUACUGCACUGCAGCCUACUCUACUGUAAAACCUAACCUCCACUCUCUCUUUUUACUUACAGAAGGGAUGGUAAAUUCUUAAUUAAGAAUAUAAAUAAUAUAUUAAUGUUUAAAAACGUUUGAUUCA